UCCAUCUUCCGAGAGGGCAUCCUUCCGGGGCUUGAGAUCUGAGCACUUCUCAUUGUGCACUGGAUUAUGCCCAAGGCGUUCCAACCUAAUGAUCCUCUUGCAACACUCCGGGCCUCCUACACCUACGCGACCCUCAUCGUCUCUUCCUAUGUCAGUGGCCACCAGGUCGACAGGAACCUUGCAGCUUCCGCCACAGAAGAGUUUUGGGCAGGAGGCUUCCUUGGCUCUGCCGGGGGAAGCAGAGUUACCGAAGGGAGGGGAUCCAGACUCUGCCCUGGAGGAGCUCUGUAAGCCCCUGUACUGCAAGCUCUGCAAUGUCACCUUGAACUCCGCACAGCAAGCCCAGGCGCACUAUCAGGGUAAAAAUCAUGGUAAGAAGCUCCGAAAUUACUAUGCAGCGAACAGUUGCCCGCCUCCUGCCAGAAUGAGCAGUGCCGUGGAGUCCUCGGCUACUCCAGUUGUGUCAGUCCCUGCGCAGAUGGGCUCCUUUAAGCCGGGAGGCCGAGUGAUCCUGGCCACAGAGAAGGAUUACUGUAAGCUUUGUGAUGCCUCCUUUAGUUCUCCGGCGGUGGCCCAGGCGCACUAUCAGGGGAAGAAUCAUGCCAAGAGGCUCCGGCUGGCAGAAGCUCAGACUAACUCAUUCUCGGAUGCCUCGGAGGUGGGUCAGCGAAGAGCCCGGAAAGAAGGAAAUGAAUAUAAGAUGAUGUCUAAUAGGAGAAAUACAUAUACAGUACAGAACAAUUCAGGUCCGUACUUCAACCCCCGCUCUCGGCAAAGAAUUCCACGUGAUCUGGCCAUGUGUGUUACUCCCAGCGGCCAGUUUUACUGCUCGAUGUGUAAUGUUGGGGCUGGCGAAGAGAUGGAAUUCCGGCAGCAUUUAGAGAGCAAACAGCAUAAAAGCAAGGUGUCUGAACAGCGGUACCGGAAUGAGAUGGAGAACCUGGGAUACGUAUAGUGAUUGUCAUGCUCUGAUCAAGCAGCUUGACCUGCCUGUUGUUUACCUUCUGUCAACCUGCCUUGCUUUGUGGUCCUUUUGAUCUGAGUACAUCCCUCUGCUUCACGUGAAUUUGUGUAGCCUGCAGUGGUACCACAAGAUGUCAAAACUGGGGGGAGGAAAAGAAUGUGCUUCCUAGGUCAUCAUGCUUCUCCAGUACCGUUGAGUUGAGCUCUUGCUCAGCAUGUGACCUGACAGUCCCAUCGGAAAUACCUGUUUUCCGUGACCAAGUUCUGGUAGCUGACCAUGUCGAGCUAUAACAGUUUAGAAGUUUCAUCUUCCAAUAUGUUUUUAGAUUUAAGUUUUCAAGUAAAGACCUUUAUUGGGCUUUUACUCCGUGUGACAGUGGAUCUACGUAAGCAGAGCUUUGCGUGUCCCCAGGGUUCAGAGGAACCGUCUCGGCACGUCCUCAGUAGGAGAGCCUGCUGGAAGGUCAUUAGUCGUUCACUGGCUACUUCCCCCUUUACCUGUGUUCUCAGCUCUUGACAUGCAGGGCUUCUAGAACCCAAAUGCUUUUCAUGUGUAUUUUCUUCCCAAAAGCUCAGCUCCAUUUCCAGGUGUGGAUUUCACACAUUUAAAUGCAACCUUUUCCCCCUCUUCAUUGUUUUUUUACCUCUUCACUUGAUGAAAUCAGUCAGUCCAUUAAACUUAUUUCUCGCCACAGCCAUGCUGUGGGGUUUCCACCCCCCACUUUUGAAUCUCUCAUGAGUAUAAAAUGGAUAUGAUUUUUUUUAAAGCAUCUGUUUGCUGUCUGGUUUUUGGAAAUGCUCAGAUGCAUUUGCGUUUUUGACUGACAGUGAUUUCUCUGUUACUGGUGACAUGCGUACUCUGUCGGAUGGGUUUCACUGUAAGUUCACAUCUCCUCUUGAUACUUCAUUUUGGCAGAUUUUUAAGUUACGAUGAUCCUUACACUUAAAAGCUUUUCUUUUCUACCAUGUAGUGGCUAUUCUGAAAAUAUAACUACUACGAUGGGAUUUAAACAUUCCAAAAACUUAAUCAAAUUUCAGCAUCAUCCUUUCCAGAAUAAAGUAUAGGAGCUGGUUUUAGGAGUAGUUUUAUUCUUUAUAAUAAAAGAAAUCUUCAAAGGAUUUAGUGAAGAUACUGAAAAUAUAUUAUAGAGGACUUUGGCAUAUUUUUAUUUUUUCUUUAAAAGCAGGCUGUAGAAUGUGUCUAGAUUGACCAUUGGACUGGACUGUGUUCUGUCUAGUUAUUAUAUUGUAUUUCACCUGGCUGAGAUUGGUGCUUGUCCAUACUUCUCUUGGCAGACCAGAGUCAUCAGGAAAUUUAUUUUGAGCAUUAUCUUUCACUACAGUAAAUCCACAUUUGAUUGCUCGUAUUACUCAGUAAAAAUAAAAUAUCAGUUUUUUUCUGAUCAUGUUAUAGGUAAAUAAGUAGGGAGGACAAAAAUUAUAAUCAUAUCCUUUCUCAUACAUUGGAACAAUUUGGACCCAUAUUUAAAAAUGACUUUGGCUAUUAACCUCUGGUAGAGUAUCAGGUUGGGGUUUUCUGCUGAAGUGGUAGUGUAGUAAAAAGUCCAAUUCUUCCUGGAAAGAUGUUUUUCUCCCAGGUACUGAAUAACGAAACACAGUGCUAUGUAGAGUUGUUCUGAACCUGUGACUCCUAGUAAAAUAAGAGUCCUCGAGGGGGUAAAAACAAAAAUAAAACAAAAAGAACAGCUUUUUGCUUUGCUUUAUUUUCAAAGUAGCUACAAAGUACAGCUAAUUAGUUUAUGGCAGAUUAGGGGUUAUCUGAUUGCUCAGUAGGUUACUUGUGCUGUUAAGUAUAAUUUUGAGUAGUUUUAAUAGUAUAGUGCUGGCCACUUAUUUCUAUGAUUAUUUAAAAUGUUCAUUUUCUGUCUUUACACAUAUAGAUAGUUAGACAUAUAUAUGAUAUCCCAAGAGAAUUGUGUUGACUCCUUACUUUUUUCCAGAAACAGAAAAGAUUGUGGUUUUGAGUUUAUGUUCUACAAAAGUGGCAUUUGUCUCACUUUGUUUUCCCCUUGCAAAUAAAGUUAAUGGACAGGCUUCGCCACUCCUCCCUAUUUUCUGCAUGGAAUGGUCUUAUUAUAUGCAUACAAAAUCAGUUGGUCUGGAGGGCUUGAUUUUUUCCCCCAGGCCUCGUGUAUUCAGGUUUCCCAGUGCCCUUAAUGGAUGUUAUGAAUGCUUAAGUGCAUUUUCUUUUAAAGAAAGAAGUUAGAUUUAUAGUGUGAUUUCUUACUUGUUAGGGGAUUUUUUUGCACUAAAAAAGAGCGAUGUUUGUUUUAUAUGACACUUUAGAUGCCAUAUUGCCUACAAUAACUCAGUUUGCCCUCUCAUUUGGAAACUCUAAAAGGUACAUCAGUACCCUCCAUGAUCACCUGUGGAAGUUACAUGCACAUCUAAAACAAACAGACAAAAAUCACAGAUCUUUGUGACAGUUGUGUUUUGGGCUUGGUCCCUUGCACUAUCGUCUUAUGUUCCGUAGCUUAAACAGAAGAUGAAAGAAGUUGCCAGGCAGAAGAUGCCUAGAUGAAGCAUCUCUGCAUGGUACGCUAUCUCAUACUCAUGCAUUCCUGAUAGGUAGUGUAUUUUCUCCCCAUUAAGCAGGUGAUUAUGGCUACUGCAGUCAGUGAUCCGUGGUCUCCGUUGGUUUUUGUGACAUCCAGGCAGAUUUGUAACGUGCUUUAGGAUUUGCAACCCGUGCUCCCUGGGAAUGGUGUUAGUAUCUUUUCAUAUGCUUUAUACUUGGAUGGACAGAGGCCUGAACACUAGAAAACUUUUAGUCAGAAACAGCAAAUAUUUCAAAUAAUCAUUUAAAGACAAACUCAUAGCAUCCAAAUCUCUUUUCUCUGUCACUAUCUUUGUGUAAAUUGUCAUUCAAAAUCACUGUUGGAAGAUUGCAGAAACUCUUAUAAGGUAGUCAGGCCGAGAGGUUGUAAGGGAAAAAUUCUAUAUUCCAAUUAAAAAAUUGGAUUGCACAUGUCUUCAAAGUGUUUUUUGUUGUUGUUUUUAAGUUACAAAUCUGAAUGUUCCAUAUAAUCCUUUUGACUCAACACUGAAGAGAAAAUACUUUGCUGGUCUUGUCUUUGUAUGUCAUGUGCUGCAACUUGUAAAUAAGUGCAUGUUCUUUACCACGUUUGUCUGCUUGUCUCUUAUUGCACUGAAUUCUGUAAGGUGAAUAGUGUUUUAUAGGAUUCAUUUUGAAAAAGUUCCUCCCCUAACUCUUCCCCCAAAUUCUCCCUUGUUAGUUAGUAAAUUUAGAGUGAUUGAAACUCUGAAUGAAGAAUCAUGGCCAUCUGAUUUCAUUCCUAUGUUCCUUUAACUUAAAUAGCUAAAGGGAAGCAUAGCACCAUCUCCCCUAAGUUUUACUAAUUGUUCUACUGAACUCAUAUUGUAUACUUGCUUAGAGAUAACUUUACAGUAUUGAACAAGACUAGAAGGACAUAUAUAGGUAUAGUUAAAUCUUCCUCUGUUCUAAGGGCAGUGGUGGAAUUCAUGUCCACUUCACUCCUGAAUUGACUGAGACUAGAAGCAGUGAUAGUGUGAGGACUGCCUCGUGACCUAUGUCAGAUGAGUCUUGCUUAUGUUUGGGAAGACACAGAACUGUUUUGCAUAGUAUUCUCAGCAAAGAGGCCCCGGAAUUGUGGAUUUGGAACCUCAUCUAUUUUGUUUCCUCAAAGUUACAACCUGGGGACACACAUAGGAAGGACAAUAGCACUUCUUUGGAAGUAAAUUGAGGAAUGUUCUGUCAGUAUAGGCAAAUGUUUCAUGUGGAGGCUUUGGAACAAAAUAUCUUAAAUAUUUUUUUUAUCAGUCAAAUCAUUGUUCAGGAGUUUAAUAUAUAGUUAAAAAUAUUUUGUUGGGGGAACUCCACCAUUGUGAGCUCUUGCUAUCUGUCCAGCUGAAUGAACAAAUAGUUGUGUAAAUAGCUUCUCAUAAGACAUUUCUACUGAUUGCUCUUUGACUUAUUCUGCCCAUUACAAAUGGGGGUGGGGUGGGGGGGUAACCAUUUGCAAACCCCCUGUCUGGGUAGAUACCAAAAAAAGUACUGGCUUGUGGUCCCAUGUGACCUUGUCUCCGUUAAGCCCAGAACAUGAGUGCCUUUCGCAAGUGUUAGCAUUUCACAGAGAGUAGACAUGACAGAGUUUUGCCAUUCGUUAGUCACAGUUCAUAAAACAAGAGCUUGGAACAGCAAAGGUCUUUGUGAAUUAUGUGUUCUAACCUUGUUUAUUUAAAUACAGUCUCAAUUUUAUAUUGAGUAAAGCGGUUAUACUUAUUGAUCAGGAACCCAUACCCCCUGUAAAUGAACCCAGUUGUCUCAGGCUGCCAACAAUCAUAGAUUAUUUUUUACUUUGUUCUGUGUUGCACUUAUAUGUAGUGAGUGGUAAUAUGCUGGACUGGGGAGAGCUUGAUACCGUUGCUUGGAAAAACUCUAUGCCAUGGGUCUUUUAAAAGGAUGUAGGUUCUGCAGAGAGGCAAGAAUUAUGCAUUUGCAAAUAAAAUCUGUGAAGAGACUAUUUAAUGACAUAAAUUACAUUAGUUCAUUUCUACACUUAAUCCUUUUAGGAUCAAAUUUUUGUCUGCUUUCUUUUUUUGUUGUUGCUGAUAGCAGGUUUUCAAUUACAAAAGGCAUGCUGAAAUUAAAAGGAAAAUUAAUGUUGAGGUCAUGUAGAUACUGACUUUGGGAGACACAUUUGUCCCAAGUAGAGACUAGUGGUAGAAGAUUGGUGGGGCAAGCCCCCUUUUCCAGCUUCAUGCAGUUACACGGCUUCCCUGCCCGACAAUAGCAAUACUGCAGUUAGGGUAGCAGCUUUCUAAACACCUGAGUGGCUGAAAUGUUAGUGGGGGGUAUAUGUUCCACAGGUCAUGAAAAGGUUAAAGGCACCUUCAGAAAUAAGGUCUUUUAGAGAAAAAAAUUGGCCAAUUUCAAUUAAUUUACAAGGCUAAUUUGAGUACUUUGAACCUUUAAAACAUAAUGCUAAAUUAAUUUCACUAUGGGAAUGUUGACAUUCUCUUAUGAAAAAUUUCAACAUACCUCUGAGUUGGAAAAUGUUUACAAUUUACUCACCAUAUAAUUUCUACCACUUAUAUCUGCUAUACUUGGAUUUUCUAUCCAUCCUUAUAAUCACCCAUUAGUCCAUUGUUUUAAAACAACAAACAUCAACCCUUUCAUUGUGAAUUCUCCUUAAAUACUUCAGCAUGGUGUCAUUAAUGAGGUUUAAUAUUUGUGUAACUACUAAGAUCAUUUUGAAAACAGUAUGAUGAUGUCGAUCACCUGAGCCUAUUAGCAUAUUAAUCUUCUGUGGACUCAAGUCUUCCAGUUUCUGUUUUUGCUUCGAGGGAAAAACAAUACCUUUUCAAAGUGGCGUUAUGUAGUCUGCUUAAUUGUCAUACUUUUAAAAGUUUCAAGAUUAGAAUUUUUUCGUUACCUCCUCUUCUGAAGUUGUAGUUUCGAUGAACUAGGCAGAUUCUUUAAAAAAAACAACACAGUUGCAAAUUACUUAUUGGGAUUGAUUAAGAGUUUAUAGCUCAUUUUAAUUGAGUGCUGCUCUCUUAGCUGUUCCUUAGCUGUUCUACUGGGCAAGAGGGACCAGUAAAGAAAAUGGUCAACCCUCGAUGUGCUUAGCGUUUUUAAAAACACGUGGCAAAUGGAGUUUCGAAAGUCAGAACUAUUAAUUUAUAUAAAGUCUGUGAAUUCUUGAAAAUGUUUAUCACCUAUUCCUCCUUGGCCAUAAUUAGCAGGAUCACAAAUGAUUGUACUGUAUAAUGAGUUGUUGGAGUUGUGAGCCUUAGUGACCUUCUUUAGCUUUAGUAUGAUCCAGAGGUUAAAACAUAGCUGUGCUCUAACUUUUAUGUUCACUUUCUGUGGACCCAAUCUGCAGAACCUCAGUGGCUUGCUGCAGGUCCUGAUGAUUCAGCGGAUACGUGAGAAUUGAAAUUUAAACGCUCCUAACGCAUCGUCUUUGAUAUGUUUGAUAACUGAAAUCAUGGAACACUUCCUUUGGACCCAUAAGAGGACAACAUGUAUUUUUGCUAAUUAGAUUUUUGUUUUUAGAUAGAUCAUGGCUCUUUAAACUUAAAGAUUUUCUCAUAAUUAAAAUAUUCCCUAAUUGCACCUAACUCAAUUGCUAAAAAUGUCAUUGCACUGUGGAAUAGCCAUGCAUAAUGCAGGUUUGGUCAGGUUUCUGUUCACAUGUAAAUGACCUUCAUGAAUCACUUAUAACUUUCUAUGUAAGUGCUUAAGUGACCCCCUCACUAGUGAAAACAACUGUUCUCUUAUCACUGAUUACAUUAUGUACUCUUUACAUGAUAUAUUUUUUUAAGGAGAAGUAACCCCAUGGGUGACGAUGGAUGCCAGUAACCUAGGGCAAAGCACAUAGAAAGCAGUUUAUUUCUAGUCUGCAAACCUGACAUUUACAAGAGCAAAACUGUCUUUCAGCGUGGCUGGUCACUGUUUUGCUUUUCCUGAUAUGUGGGUACCUCUGUGUGAUUUUUCAAUCGGUGUGUCGUUCUGAAAGAAUGUCAUGUUGACCCCGCAUUAAUUGGUGUGCACCUGGUGAUAUCUUUGGCCAUAGCCAUUCCAUUUGGGGAUGGUGUCUGCUUUGAGAUGCCUUACUUCAGGAUGCCAGGCUCUUCUCUCAAGCUUUCCCUGUGUGUGCUAGAACAAUGCAUUCAUUGCCUCUCCUGGAUGUAUACUCUAGAUCCACAAACAAAACUGACUUUGCUUUCCCUGUUAAGGUUGCUUUUAGUGCAGUUGCUGCUUUAAAUUGGAGAAUACGAUUGUGGGAAACCCAGGGAGAUUUUAGAGCCCUCCUUUAAAAGCAUGCCAUAGUUAUUAAGCUGCCUUGGCUGUUUCUUCGGAACAGCUUCUCCGGUGAAGUAGAUGGCGAAAAUAAAUGACUAGGAUGCCAGCCUGGAUGAAAUUGGUGUUUUCCUAAAAUUUUUCCGACCUGUCUCCCAGGGGUAUAAGAUCUAUGUGUGCUACUGGGGCCAACUGCCAGUCACCACUGUGGAAAACUGCUUGGGUUCUGGGUCUGUAGAAAUGACAAAAAGUGUCGUGAGAUUCAAACCAAUCAACUGUGAAUUGUGAAAUCGAAACUGCUUCUUUGAGUUUUCUUUUUCUUUUAGCAUAUUGAAUAUAAAAAUUAGAAAGUUAUUUAAAAUUUACUGCUUAUGUUGAUGGCUCAUGUUGGCUGUGUAUCUUCACUUCUGUACUGAUUUCUGAUAAAGGCUUGAUGUUACUGUAAUAAGCAUUUUGUGUUCAAUUUAAUAAAACAGUUUCUGAGUCUA